AUGGAUAUGGAUGUUAAUAAUGAAAAUGAACCAAAACUAAUUUUGAAUAUAUUAAUCUAUGCUGUUGAUGAAUGUGGAAUUUGUCAUCUAUUCCAAAAUGAAACUUUCAAUGAAUUAUCAACAAUUCCAAAUAGUAUCGAAGAAAAUAUCUACGAACAGGAUGUUUCAAAAUCGAUUGCUGUUCUUUUAAAUCAAAUAGAUAAUUAUGUUCAAAUGACAAAUAAAAGCUUAAUAGAAAAUUCAUCAAAUUUCGGUUCAGCUGAUUAUUUUUCAACGCAACCAUUUUCAAUACUUAAUCUUCAGGAAAAUUAUUUAUCUUCUUUAAAUCUAUUCAAUAAUGAUAUAUCAGUACCAGUUCAUUCACCUCCUCUAAAAUUCAGUGGUCAGAUAGUUCCACAGUAUCCAAAUGAUAUCUUAAUUAUCAAUAAUGAAUUACCUCAGAAAAAACAGAAAAAGAAAAAGAAAAAAUCAUUAAAUUAUCGUGUACAUCGAUCAAGUAUUUUAAAGAAACAAUUGAAAACUUAUUUAAGAAAAAAGAAGAGAAAACAACAAAAACAGAAAAAAUCAAAUGAAUCUCAUGUAAUCGAUGUUUCAAAUGUUAUUGUUCAUCAUGAACCACAACAGAUCGAAUCAACAUCUAUGGAACGUUCAACUACGAUCGAUUUUCAGUUACCACCUGAUCUAUCAAAACGUAAAUAUAUCUAUAAAGAUAUAACUUUAUCAAACAAUAAUCUGAAUCAAAUAAAUUGGCGAAUCUUUCAAUGUACACAACAAUCAUCAUCAUCGAUAUCUUGCAUUGAGCAAUCGAUAACAAACGAUCGAAUGUAUCAGGCAUUUUAUUCUACUAAUAAACCAAUAUCAUUACCAGAUAUGCGAAUCGGUUUAUCACGGCACUAUAGUACCAAACAUUUGCAUAAAACAGUAAUAGAUUAG